GUAACUGCCAAUGGGAAGCGGGCGCGCGUUGCCGGCUCGCGAACUCGCUGCAGAGUUGGCGCUAGUCGCUGUGGUGAAGCGUUCCGGCGGCAUCAAGAUGGCGACCGGAGGGAAACGUAAAUUAGGAGCCGCUGGAGACGGCGUUGAUAACAACAGCCACGACCGCCGGAGCAAAAAGUCUGGGGGGACGACCAGACCGGAAGUCCGUGGUGGGGCUGCGGACUCGCCUUUCGUGGAGGGUUCCAUCGUCAGGAUCGCCAUGGAGAACUUCUUAACGUAUGAUAAUUGUGAGGUGUUUCCAGGACCCCAUUUAAACAUGAUAGUAGGAGCUAAUGGAACUGGUAAAUCAAGCAUUGUUUGUGCCAUAUGCCUGGGAUUGGCAGGAAAACCUUCCUUCAUUGGACGAGCAGAUAAGGUUGGCCUCUAUGUGAAGCGAGGCUGCAGCAAAGGAAUAGUUGAAAUUGAGCUGUUUAAAAUUCCAGUCAACCUCAUUAUCAAGCGAGAAAUUUCUGUAGUAAACAAUCAGUCAACAUGGUUUGUUAAUGGAAAAUCUUCUACACUCAAAGCAGUAGAAGACCAGAUCGCAGCCUUAAACAUUCAAGUAGGCAAUCUGUGCCAGUUUCUUCCACAGGACAAAGUUGGGGAAUUUGCAAAAUUAUCCAAGAUUGAGCUUCUUGAAGCCACAGAGAAAUCAGUGGGCCCUCCAGAAAUGUACAAAUUUCACUGUGAACUAAAGCACUUCAGGCAGCGAGAGCAAGAACUUGAGAAUUCAUGCAAGGAAAGAAAUACUAACCUAGAAAAAAUGAAGCAAAAGAAUGAAAGGUGUAAGCAAGAUGUGGAACGAUAUAAUGAAUAUAAACGCCAUGUAGAUAAAAUCACAAUACUUAAAAAGAAAAGACCUUGGCUGGAAUAUGAUAAUGUUUAUCAGCAAUAUGAAGAGGUGAAACGAAGCAUACAUAAUCUGAAGGAAGAAUUAAGAAAGCUGAAAGAAGUGCAGCCUCCAGUAGUACGUCAGAUCCAAGAAGCUGAGAAGCAGCAUGCAAGCCUAGAUGCUGCAAUAAGAGAAAAGAUUGCAGCUAUCCACGAAACAUCCCGAAAAUGCCAACAGCAACAAGAUGCUUUGGAGAAAAAGGACAAAGAAAUUGAGGAGAUUAAGCUAGCUUUGAGAAUGAAGAAAGAAAAGGAGAUGGAUCGACAGAAGAGAAUUGACAACAUUUGUAAGAUGAUAGAAGAUCUGAAAAAUGAGCUAAGAAAUACAGACAACUCUGAUAAUAUUCAACCCCGAAUGGAUUCUGUUAAUGCAGAACUGGGACACCUGAUGGAAGAGAAGGCAUCUGUUGACAGCGAAAUAGCAGGUGUGCUCAGUGAAAAGGAGAAUGCAUAUACAGAGCAAAAAGGGAUAACUGAUCGCAUUGUACGAUUUGACAAUAUGAUGAAUAUGAAGGAAGAGAAGCUCAGAGGAAGACACAAAGAUACACACGCUGCUCUUCUGUGGCUAAGAAAUAACAGAGAUCGGUUUAAAAAAGAUGUCUGUGACCCCAUGAUGCUCUCAAUCAAUAUGAAAGAUCAGAAGCAUGCUAAAUAUGUAGAAAAUCAUAUUUCAUCCAAUGAUAUGAGGGCCUUUGUCUUUGAAAGCAAAGAAGAUAUGGAUGUCUUUCUGAGAGAGGUACGUGAUAAUCAGAAAUUAAAAGUGAAUGCUGUGAUGGCUCCUAGUGAAUCGUGUGCUGAAAAUAAACCUUUAAAACCAAUUGAAGAACUCAAACGCUAUGGGUUUUUCUCCUACUUGCGAGAGUUAUUUGAUGCACCCCAGCCUGUGAUGAGUUACCUAUGCCAACAGUAUCACAUUUAUGAGGUCCCUGUGGGAACAGAGAAGACCAGAAAUAUGAUUGAAAGGGUCAUAAGCGAGACAAAACUGAGGCAAAUAUAUACCGCAGAUGAAAAAUACACAGUAAAAGUGUCUUCUUACACAAAUCAAACUAUUUCUAGUAACAUAUCAUUAAAGCCAGCCCAGUUUCUGAAUGUCACAGUGGACACUGAGGAAAGGAGGCAGUUGGACAUUCAAUUCCAACAAAUUAAUAGGAAGUUGGAAUUGCUGAAUUCUCAAAUUACAAUACUGCGGGAGAGACUGAAAUCUCUAGAACGCAGAGACAAUGAACUUAGACAACAGAAGAAGGAGCUUUUGGGGCAAAAAAGCAAAAGGAAACAGCUGGAAUCAAAAAUCAGUAUGAAAUAUGAGAGUUUAAGACAACUGGAACAAGAUGCCAUCAACGUGGAAGAAGAAUCUGAACAAGCGAAUGUUAAAAUAAAAAGAAUUAAUAGCCAGAAAGUAAAACUUGUAUCAGAAUUUAUGCAACUCAUAAAGAACUGUAUGACCCUGAAUAAACACAGAACAGAUUUAGUUUUACAGAGCACUACAACUGCUUUUCGCAAGAACAGACUUGAGGCUGAACGUAAAGCUGCAAUGAUACAGCUGAAAGCUACCGAGCAACAGUUUACAGAACUGGAAGAAAGGAGACGCGUUCUCUCUAAGAACUGUAAGGGUUUAAUGCGGAAAGCUGAGCAGGCUUGCGACAUGGCCCCAAAUGAAAAAAUCUCUGAGUACCAUAGGAAUGCAUUCCUGGCUCUUCCAAGCACCCUGGAUGAAAUUGACGCUUUACUGAAUGAGGAGAAAUCAAGAGCUUCUUGCUUCACAGGCCUCAGUGCUUCAGUUGUUGAAGAAUAUAACAAAAGGGCAGAAGAAAUACAACAGAUGACUCUGGAGUUACAGGAAAAGAAGGAGGAGUUGGAUGACUUUAGGCAAAGCAUUUCACAGGUUAAGGAAAAGUGGCUAAAUCCACUAAAACAGCUGGUUGACCAAAUCAACGACAAGUUCAGUAGCUUUUUUAGUUCCAUGCAGUGUGCCGGAGAUGUGGAUCUUCACACAGAGAAUAAGGAAGAAUAUGAUAAAUAUGGGAUUCGGAUUAGAGUCAAGUUCCGCAGUAGCACUCAGCUUCAUGAACUAACUCCACACCACCAAAGUGGAGGGGAGAGAAGUGUUUCAACUAUGUUGUAUUUGAUGGCAUUGCAGGAACUUAACAGAUGCCCAUUCAGAGUAGUAGAUGAAAUAAAUCAGGGAAUGGAUCCAGUUAAUGAAAGGAGAGUCUUUGAUGUGGUGGUAGAAACUGCUUGCAAAGAGAGUACUUCUCAGUACUUCUUUAUUACACCAAAGAUGAAGACAGCACCAGAAAACAAUCAUGGAAGAAGAAACGAAUACCUUAAGCUGCCUCCAAUGGAAUGAUGUAAAAGAGAAACGUGCUGACCUCAGACUGAAUGAAUGAAUAAUGGAUUGGGAUUCAGGUCAGAACCAGUGAGCAAUUCUAAAAUAGAGAGAGAAAAGCCAUUGUGGGGUUAAGCAGAAGGGAAAGAGUAAGAACUGAUAUCCUUUUUUGUUAUGGAGAAUCAGCAAGGAUCAGCAAGAAUACAUGUGAAUCAAGACAGAAUUAACACAGUUUCUUCCAUUCGUUUAGAUGUGUAGAUAAACUGUAUUUCAGUUUCCUAUUUAUCUUCAUGAUAACAUUGUUGUUUUCAUGUUGCAAAUAGAAUUUUGGAGGUGAGAAUACACUGACAAGCCCAGUGAGUCCACAGCUGAGUGGAAUUGUAGGUCAGACUUCCUAGUCUCUUUUUCAGCAAGGUAUGUCUGGAUUCAGAGAAACACAAAAGCAAUGUGGUAUGUAAUGCAAGCCUUUAUAUUAUUCCUUUUAACCCCUGCCAUGGAAACCAGAGAUGGAAGAAAUGCAGGGAUCUUUCCAUACAGGAUUCAAGGAGUAAUAGUGUUUGCGUGAUUUGCUGGGAAAUCUACUAUAAGCUUUCCAUUUUGGGAAAAGAUGGGGAAAAAUCAGUGAAACAGAAACAAUUUUAUGUAGUUGUCUUGGGGGAUUUAGACUAUAAAAACGUGUUUAAUUCUAUGACAACAGGACUUUGGUUUAUUUCAUGAAAUCACAGGAUAAAAUAAUACAGGGUUGAAAUUCCUUUUGUACCAAAAUCUUAAUGAUGAACUCUGAACCCUAUACUAUGUUCAUGUUGAGAAAUCCCACAAAAAAUUAGUACUAUUAGCUGUGAUUUGCUAAACAGGCAAAAUGUAAAAAUGGCACAGUAAAAAUGGCACAAUCACCGUAGACGUCCCUGUUUUUCAAUUAUAGGGGUGAAUCUUCAGCACCAGCCACAAAUCCUGAUCAGAAUGGCAGCAAGAUUUCAGAUGUAAGGAAAAGCAGAAUGGUACACUACGACCCAACCAAGAUGUCAGUAGCUAAGUUGGUUGGUGCUUGGAAAGGAGACCUCCAAGGAAGACUCUGCAGUGGAAGGCAAUGGCAAACCACCUCUGCUUAAUCAUUUGCCUUGAAAUGACAUUGAUGGGGUUGCCAGAAGUCUCUUGUGACUCACCUGAUCUUUACAGCCAUGCCCCCCUCAAGAUUUCAAAUUAAAAUGCUUAAGAAGAUUUUAAGUAUCAAGGGCUGUAUUUCUUUGAGGCUUGGAGAUUUUUUUCUUGCAUGAUGUUUAAAUCAUUUAACUAUAAUUGCAUGUUUGUUCUGUACUGUAUUUAUUAUUAAUUAGAAAAGAAAGGCUUUCUGUUUUUAGUGUUU